GUUGGUUCUGGAGCAGAUGAGCGCAGCAAGACUAGGCGAGAGAGCGAGGCUGGGGGGAGCACGGGGCAGGAGGAGUCCCUCGACCGAGAACAUUAUGCAUGCGUUAGGGACGCUCUGAGAGAAUGGCUGUGGAAGCACUCCACUGUGGUCUAAAUCCACAGGGUAUUGAUCACUCUGCCCAUACUGAAGGUAUUAAACUGCAAAUUGAAGUUGAAGGUGUGGAAUCUCAAUCCGUUAAAAACAAAAACUUCCAUAGGGUGCUUGACCAAAAAGGAACCCCCAAGCGACUGCAGACAGAAGCUGAGACAGCUAAGUCAGUUGUGGUGAAGCUGUCAAAGCCCGUGGCACUGUGGACUCAGCAGGAUGUCUGCAAGUGGUUGAAGAAACAUUGUCCAAAUCAGUAUCAGAUCUACAGUGAGGCAUUCAAACAGCAUGACAUAACUGGGCGAGCUCUGCUGAGACUUACAGACAAAAAGCUUGAAAGAAUGGGGAUUACUCAUGAGAAUCUUCGGCAGCACAUCUUACAACAGGUGCUCCAGCUGAAGGUGCGAGAAGAAGUCAGAAACUUACAGUUACUCACACAAGUCUCAACUGAGAGUUCUCCAUGAAUGUGGGUAACUUUCCAAGCUGCUGUCCUGACAGUGGAUAUGAACAAGGCCUGAUCCUCACAGAAAGACUAACUUGUGGUACUGCCAGAAGAUAUCCUUGGAGCAUUGACAGAUUAACCAGAUUUGUAGAAAGAAGAAAAAAACCCAUCCAUGAAAAAGUAUUGGUUUUGGAAAAACCUUAGUUUGCUGUGUAUUUUUAAAUGAGGUGCAUAUUAUACAGUGCCAACAGGUUCUAAGUGGUCAUUGGCAGAGCCAUAGCUGGAAAAUUGCUUCCAGUUUUCAUCACUGUGCAUAACUGAAGAACCCCUAGGGAGCCGUCUGUACCCUUCACUAGGAAGGUCCUGUUUUAGCUUGGCAGCUACUGGAUUAUUUUAUUAUGUGUGCAGAUGGCAUGAUGUGUUAGAUACAAAAAUCCCAGCAGUUCUGCUAUCUCAGUGAAAGUGUUCACUGGUAGAAAUUAUGCCCUGGUAGAAAUGUAAACUUGUUUCAGUUAUGUUCAUUAUAAUGUCUAAAGGUUUUUUGUCCAACUCUGAAGCACUUUAUAGGAGAACACUAAACUUCAAUGAACAGGCACAGGCAGUCCAUGUGGAAUGUGUUUUCUUUUCUAAGCUUUGUCCUAUUUCUGGCUCAGACUGUCAAAGAUAAACUCGACUUCUAGC